CAAACCCAAUACAAGUAGUGAAAUGGGGAAGCCAGAAGCCUCUGUGAUCUUCUGAAGCAGUGUGAAGGGCAUAUCUGCAUUCCACUAAGUCGUUUUGUUGUUGGGGUUUUCUUGUUUGUUUGCUUGGUUUUUAACAUAAUUUUUACCUUGUUUUGGUAAGGCAGGAUGCAGAGUACUUUCCUGUGUAGGAAGUCACCACUGGAUAUGCUCAACAGCAGGUAACUGCAGAUGAGGGGAUCCUGCAUGCUUCUGGAAGUGGUGUACCACCAGUAACGAAGGAUUACUGCAUAAUUUACAAUUCUCAUUGGAUAUCUCUUCCAAAGAGCCUGGACAAUGCUACUUCCAGGACUCUGGAAAACCUGACUUCUACAGUACUUUGCAGUUCUUCUGAAGUUCCUUCUGGCUUAAUGAAGGACAAAGCAGUUGUAGUGAUGAGAGGAAACUGCACUUCUUUGGAGAAAGCAAGAAUUGCACAAAGUUUGGGUGCUAAAAUGCUGUUGAUUGCCAGUAAACCUAGGCUGUCUCCUCUUUCAGAUAACAAGACUGAUUUUGAAGAUGUAACUCUUCCAGUUGCUCUUAUAAGAUACAAUGACAUAGUAGAUAUGCAGCUGAUGCUUGGAAAUGAAGUUAAUGUGACUCUGUAUUCACCACCUUUGCCAGAGUUUGAUUGCAGUAUGGUUGUCAUCUUCCUAAUUGCUGUGUUUACAGUGGCACUAGGAGGCUAUUGGAGUGGAGUAGCAGAACUUGAGAAUUUGAAAGCAAUAGCAAGUCCUGGGGAGAGAGAAACAAGACGGAAGAAGGAAGAAAAUGUUACUUUCACCCCUGUGACAGUUAUCUUGUUUGUUGUCAUCUGUUGUGUCAUGCUGGUCUUACUUUAUUUCUUCUACAAAUGGUUAGUGUAUGUUAUAAUAUCAGUCUUCUGCUUGGCAUCUGCAAUGAGUCUAUACAACUGUCUUGCAGCAUUGAUAGGAGAAAUACCUUUUGGGCAGUGCAGGAUUGCAUGUUGCAACAAAAACAUUGAAGUGAGGCUUAUUUUUCUUGCUGUAUUCUGCAUAGCAGCAGCUGUUGUCUGGGCGGUGUUUCGAAAUGAAGAUAGGUGGGCUUGGAUUUUGCAAGAUAUUUUGGGAGUUGCUUUCUGCCUAAACUUUAUUAAAACACUGAAAAUGCCCAACUUCAAGUCCUGUGUGAUACUUCUAGGCCUUCUCCUUCUAUAUGAUGUGUUUUUUGUCUUCAUAACGCCAUUUAUCACAAAGAAUGGGGCAAGUAUAAUGGUUGAAGUUGCAGCUGGUCCUUUUGGAAACAGUGAAAAGAAUGAUGGAAACUUGGUGGAAGUCCCUACUGAACGCUCAGCUCCCCAUGAGAAAUUACCUGUGGUUAUUAGAGUGCCUAGACUUGAAUACUCUGCAUCGACACUGUGUGACAUGCCAUUUUCAUUGUUGGGUUUUGGAGACAUUAUUGUCCCAGGGCUUCUGGUUGCUUAUUGUCGAAGAUUUGAUGUUCAAACAAGUUCAUCUUCUGUAUACUACAUUUCCUGUACAAUAGCUUAUGCCAUUGGUAUGGUGCUGACUUUCAUUGUCUUGGCAUUAAUGAAGAUGGGACAACCUGCCCUUCUCUAUCUUGUACCAUGUACACUCAUUACUAGCUCACUUGUUGCUUGGAGGCGCAAAGAGAUGAAGAAGUUUUGGAAAGGAAGCAGUUACCAGAUGAUGGAACACCUGGAUUACCCAGGAAAUGAAGAAAGCACAGUAUCAGCCAGUGAACAGCCUGGAGGACAAUAAUGUGUAGGAUCCUGAUUUAAAAUAGUAUUCAAAUUUUCUACAAAUUAAUUACAGUAAAUUUGGUGAAGUUUUACAAUAGAGUAUUUCCUACUCUGUAAAAUGGUUUUUUACUCCUGCACCUAUAUUUUUAUGGAAAAUAUUGUUAAUAACAGAAAAGUAAUCAAAAUAGACUUGCAUUUUUACAGCCAAACCAUAGCUAGUAAAACCGUGCCUUAUUUCAAUUUAAAUAAAAGGAUAUUUUCUAUGCAAUUUUCCAAAUGUGUUUCUAUACAGUAUAUUUUUAUAAGUUGCUUGCCCAUAUCAGUUUGAUGCAUUAAAUGUUCUCUUAAUUUUGAUUAAGACUAGUCACAUUUAAAAAAGUACAGUACCCUUCAUAGGAUUUCUUUCCAGAUUUUGAAUGCAAAGAUUGAUAGUAGUAUAACUAUAGCAACUAAAGAAUGAAACUAUAGUUCCAUUACUACAACUAAUUGAAUAAACAGUGUGUAUGUUAGUCUAUGUACAUUCUAAGCCAUAAAAUAGA